AUGAUGACAUUCACAUCGUUAAAUUAUACGAUUAAUAUGAAAAUACCGAUUGAAGAGUUGUAUCCACGAAAGCUAAACACAUUCAAUAAAUGUCCGAUCUAUGUUGCGCCAGCUAUUACUGAUCCAUUUAUCAAUCGAUGCAAUACUUUUGGCAAAAAUACUUUUUACCAAGGCAUCGACAUUGAGAUUAUUACACAAAUAUCAAAAAAGUUAAAUUUUGCUAUUGAGUAUAAGCAAGACAGCACUAACCAUGGAAGAAUACUGUCAAAUGGGACAGUGACUGGGACCAUGAAUUCGGUGUACUCGGGCCAAACCAAUAUCACAAUUGGGGGAUAUGCUUCAACAGUGGAACGAUCUCUAUUUUUUUCCACGUCAAAUCCAUAUCUACAGGCAUCAAUUGGUUUUUGUUACAAAGAAACUAUGGGCUACUUGCCACUGACAGCACCGCUUAAAAUACGCCUUUGGAUUGUUGUAUGUGUUAUUUUAUUCAUUGCCAUCGUUCUCAUAAUGUUGACGAAAAAGCUGAAUCAAAAAUGGCGCCAUUUCAUCAUUGGCGGUAAACUGAAUCGCACUCCAAUUUUGAAUAUGUGGGCAGCAAUGUUGGGAAUGUGCAUUUGUAAUCCAUAUAUUCUUCGUGGAGGCAAAAAAUUCGGCGCAUUGUACACAUCUUUACGAACACAUCGACUCACAUCUGCCUAUGAUACGGUUGAGAAAAUUCAACAAUCGAAUUGCAAAGUAACCACAAGCCCAUCUGGGUAUUCAAUUAUUAAAAAUGUGUUCCGCCACGACCGGAUUCAGAUUUCAAAUCAAACCGAAUUGACAGUCAACCUGCGAGCGUUAAGUAAUGGUGAUAUCGUCGGUGUAGUUCUUGCAACAGAUUUAGCACAAAAACGAUUUAAUUUGAAAAAUUAUCCAAGUCGACGUUUGGCAUUCACCAAAGAUCGUCUGUACAUGUACUCUCCGGUGUUUCUGUUUCGCAAGAAAUCCGCAUUAAGAAAAGUGUUUAAUAAACAACUAUUGGCUUUACGUGAAGCAGGUCUCAUUGAAUUUUGGACAAAGCAUUUCAUAGACCAUCGCAAGUUGAAAGAUAAACGAAAACCACCAUCAAAACUUCGAAUCGAAAAUUUAUACAGUGUUUUUCACAUUUGCGGCAUUAUCUAUGCAAUCAGUGUUAUGGUAUUUAUUUUGGAGAUUUUUAGUGCAAAAUAUCAACAUAUCAAACGUAUUCUUGACUAUUUAACUUAUUAG